AUGAUAUUGUGGUUAUGUUCAACGGACUCGCUCUGCCCUGAAUCUUGCAGCUGCAAACAAACAGAAAAAGGCCAAAAGAAAGUAACCUGUACGAAAGGAGGUAUGCGGGACCCCAUCCCAAUAUCCAGAAUGGAUCUCGACUUGGAAAUCCUGGAAAUAUCAGCCCCCGUCGAUAACCUGAAUACGUUGUCAAUCACCCCCAUAUUCCAGCAGUUCAAACAUUUGGAGGAAGUGGUGAUAAGGCGUUCGAAUAUUCAUCAGAUAACCAUGCACGCGUUUUGGGGCGUUCCGAGUAUAAGAGUAUUGGACCUGUCGUUCAACAAUAUCAGCGGUGUGUUUGAUCAUAAUUUUCGUGGCUUAGUGAACUUGGUGGAAUUGAAUUUGGACCACAACCGUAUUGAGCGGUUGCAAGUCGGCGCUUUCAAGCAUUUGACGGAGUUGCGAAUGUUGACUUUGAGGAGUAAUAAGUUGGAAGAACUAGUGCCAAGGAUAUUCCUCAAACUCGCGAAGUUACACGUACUUAAACUAAGUGAGAAUAAGUUUGAAGAAAUUGACCCCGAAGUGUUCAAAGACAUCCCGGACCUUCGCAUACUCGAACUCCGUGGAUGCGGCCUGAAAAGGAUAAACACUCAACUAUACCAUUUGCUGCCUUAUCUCUCACAUCUGGAUCUCGGGAACAAUCAGAUUCAAUUCUUAGCAGAGGACGAAUUCCAGGAUCUACGCCGACUGCACAUCCUUAAACUGGACGGAAAUUUAUUGCCGGUCAUACUGGAAAAAAGUUUUGUCAACCAACAGCAACUGAAAUACUUGUGCUUGGCAAGGAACCGUUUAGCUAAAAUUACCGAAACUGCCUUCUUCAACCUAACCAGUUUGAUAGAACUGGAUAUUAGUUAUAAUAAACUUAGCAAGCUGGAGGGUUCUGCGUUGACCUACGUUGCGGAUUCUCUUCAAAAACUGGUGAUAAGUGGGAAUAACUUCACGCUUAGUCUAAUAAAAGUGAUAUUACAGACUCUUUAUAGGGUGUGGCAUUUGGAGAUUGCUCACAUGAAACUCGAAGUCCUCCCCGAUCGAUUCAUUCCCGAUAGGAUAAAAAAAUUGAACGUAUCUAAAAACAAUUUGAGUAGUUUGAGUGCGCUGACGUUUCCUAGACAAAUAUUGGAGUUAGACUUAUCUUACAACAAACUACAAGGCCUGAACGACAGUAUUGUCCAGAGGCUAGAGAGCAUGAAGGUAGUUAAUCUGACGGGGAAUCCCUGGUCGUGCAGUUUGUGUCAUAUCACCUCGAUUCUUUUUCGAAUCAACAAAACUCGCGUGUUCAACAGUGCGGUGUGUGCCUCGCCUAGUGUUUUAAUAGGCAAAAAAUUGUCCAGUCUUCGACUUGAAGACGUUUCAACUUGUGAGCCGAAAGGAGGAUCCGAUCCAAAACUGUCGAAGCAUAAAAUCAGCCUUUUGGUUGGUUUAAUUUGUAUCGUCGUCCUCGCCACGUUUUCAACGAUAUUCGUUGUUAUUUCCUGCAUGAAGAGGCAUUCUCGUAACGUAGAAGCGCAGCACAAAAGAGCCGUGGAGUGUGCGGAAAACAGUCUGGAAAGUGCUACAGCGAUUUUUUGCAAAGGCGAAUUGAGUUUUAAAUUUCCUUUGGAUCUCACAGAACGGAGGAUGUCAGUGUCAACUAUAGAUGACAUCAAGAAGGAUCCGCAUUCUGAACAGCAAAGUUUGCGGAAUGGAACGGUGACCGGAAUCUGA